UUGAAGUAUAAUAACUUAAUAAGAUAUUUCAAUUUUUAAAAAUACCAAUAAACAAUGUGCAUGACGUAAAGGUGCAUUUUGUUUAGUCUUCUCUUUGGGUUGGAUCUAAUCUAGACUAAAUCUCUAGAUCUAAAAAUGCAAAACAUGCAGAAGAUAGCAGUUCCAGUGGUACCGACAGAUGUCCGAGGAGCCCUUCCUGGGACAACGAAACCUCUUGUUCCUGAGGAGCAAGGAAGCGGUUAUAUUGCAGAUAAACUUGUGAAGGCUGAAAAAAGAAUACAAGCAUACCCUUAUGAUACUGAAGCAUGGAGUAUUUUGAUCAGAGAUGCACAGAUUAGAAAAAUUGAAGAUGCUCGAGUGAUCUAUGAAAGAUUAGUGGAGCAGUUUCCUAAUGCUGGAAAGUACUGGAAGAUCUAUAUCGAACAUGAGCUGAAACUGAAGAACUUUGAGAGAGUGGAAAAGCUGUUCCAGAGAUGUCUCAUCAAAGUCCUGAACAUAGAACUAUGGAAGCUUUAUCUCAAUUACAUCAAAGAAACCAAAGGAUCUUUGCCAUCAUAUAGGGAAAAGAUGGCUCAAGCGUAUGACUUUGCUCUGGAAAAGAUUGGAAUGGAUAUUAUGUCUUACCAAAUUUGGGCUGAAUAUAUUAGCUUUUUAAAAUCUGUUGAAGCUAUUGGUUCUUAUGCUGAAAAUCAAAGGAUUACAGCUGUCCGCAAGGUCUAUCAGAGAGGAGUUACCAAUCCCAUGAUCAAUAUAGAACUGCUAUGGAAAGAUUACACAGCAUAUGAAAAUAGUAUCAACAAUUUGAUAGCUAAAAAGAUGAUAGAUGACAGGAGUAGAGAGUACAUGAGUGCUAGAAGGGUUGCCAAGGAGUAUGAAGUCGCCACCCGUGGUCUGGACAAGAAUGCACCAUCUGUUCCACCACAGAAUACUUACAAUGAAAUAAAGCAGGUUGAACUGUGGAAAAAGUACAUUGCAUGGGAAAAGAAAAAUCCACUUCGGACUGAAGAUCAGACCAUUAUAACUAAAAGAGUGAUGUUUGCUUAUGAGCAAUGUUUGCUUUGUAUUGGCCACCACCCUGAUAUCUGGAUUGAGGCGGCUUCAUACUUGGAUCAGUCCAGUAAAAUUUUAAUUGAAAAAGGGGAUCAGAAUGCUGGUAAAGUCUUUGCUGAUGAGGCAGCUGCAAUCUAUGAAAGAGCAAUCAACUCUUUGAUGAAGAAAAACAUGCUCAUUUACUUUGCAUAUGCUGAUUUUGAAGAGAGUCGAAUGAAAUUUGAGAAAGUUCAUCAGAUCUACAAGAAAUUUCUGGAUGUUGAAGAAGUGAAACCAACUUUGGCCUACAUUCAAUAUAUGAAGUUUGCCAGAAGAGCUGAGGGCAUUAAAUCUGCCAGACUUGUGUUCAAAGCAGCUAGGGAAGAUAAGCGCUCAGAUUACCACGUUUAUGUUGCUGCAGCUUUGAUGGAGUAUUAUUGCAGUAAGGAAAAAAGCAUAGCUUUGAAAAUCUUUGAGCUGGGCUUAAAGAGGUUUGGUGAUAACCCAGAGUAUGCUUCCUGCUACAUUGACUUUAUGUCUCAUUUGAAUGAGGAUAACAAUACUAGAGUUUUAUUUGAAAGAGUUUUAUCUUCUGAUCAGUUGCAACCUGAAAAGUCAACAGAUAUAUGGAGCAAAUUUUUAUUGUUUGAAUCUCAAGUUGGUGACUUAGCAAGUAUAGUGAAAGUGGAAAAAAGAAGAGCAUCAACCAUUGAAAAGAUUCAAGCAUUUAAUGAGAAAGAAACAGCAUUGUUAAUAGACAGAUACAAGUUUUUAGGUCUCUUACCUUGUGCAGACAAUGAACUCAGAGCAAUAGGAUACUGGGACCUGGUGAAACAUCAUGUGCUGCAACUUCCUACUGGCACUGCCAAGCAGGUUCUAUUAUCAACAGAUGAUGAUGAUGAGAAAGCUAAGAGACCCAAAUAUCCACAACCAGACAUAGACCAAAUGUUGCCAUUUAAACCCAGGGCUGUUGUUCCGACUGCUGCACAUCCAGUCCCAGGAGGAGUAUUCCCACCUCCCCCUGCAGCAUCAUUGUUGCUUCAAUCAUUACCUCCUCCCGAAUGUUUUCAUGGCCCUCAUGUUAUCAUUGAUAAAUUUAUGGAGUUGAUGAGACACAUUAAACUGCCAGACAAACCUGUGGGUGAAGAGAAUGGUAAAGAUGGAGAUUACCGCUUAGAUCCUGGUACAAGGUUAUCCCUAGAAAUAGCGAGUGGUGCUCGUAAAAGAAAAAUAACAGAGAAUGAGAGUGACGAGGAAGACACAGAAAUCAGUCUAUCUGCACCAGUCAAUGACAUCUACAGAGCAAGACAGCAGAAAAAAGUGAUCAAGUGAUUCUGACGAAUGAAUUUUGUCAACUGCGUGUUAGGGGAAUGUUUUGUGUGAGUUGUUUGAGGGAAUGCUUUUGUAUUUGUGUUAUGGGGAAUGUUCUUUAUUUUAUAGACUUGUAUUUUGAAAAAUGUGUAUGGGCAAUAUGUUGUAUGACUUAAUGGAUUUUUGUCAUUUUAAUAACUGAGCGGAGAGGCCACAUUCUGUUUGCUUUUAAAAUGUGUUUGGAGAUGGAGUAUAAUAGUGUACAUAAUUUGUUAUCAAUAAUGUGGAUGCUACAUUUUGUUUUAUUUUGUUAUUGCAUAUUGUAUAAAAUCUGCAUUAUGAUUAAACCAAGAGAGAUACA